AUGGAUCCAUACGCUGCAAUGUCGUCAGUGCAAGCGGGGCCUUCGUCAGGCGGAUUGCGCUCCGCUCUUGCAGUAGACCAAUCGCUGCAGCACAAGUCUUCGCUUGCUACUACUCGAUCCACCAGCUCAACAUCGGCAUCGUCCUCAUCGCAACAUAGCUUCCCCGAUCGUACGGGCGCAGUGGGCGCAACAGCAUCCUCGUCGCCUUCAUCGUCGACUCGACCUUUUCAUCGGCCAGCGUACACCGAGACCGUUCAGAGCCCAAAGACACGCACGUUCGAAAAGCCGGCGCGUCUUCCGAUCCACGUCCGCAUCGUGCCAAAGGAUAUUUGGUUGCGCAUUCACGUCGAGCCGAGUCAGACCAUCGGCUCCAUCAAAGACGCCGCUCUCCUAACAGCCAACGCGCCCGACUACGAUCCGUCGCUCUCCUACCGCUUCUAUCAGGACGCCGUCAAUGCUUCCGCUCAUGCAAAGAUCGCUCCCGUUGCCAGUCAUGACAAGGUGGUCAAACAUCGCACCUAUGCGCUCCCCAGAUCCAUUGCCUGCCCCCCACCCGAUUUGAGCGACCUUGCCGCCUCGCUAGCAGCCUCUGUAGCUGGCACAAACCGAUUCAACAAGCGUCCCUCGCGCAGCAAUCCCAGUCCGGCCUCCGUUGCACGACCCACACAACCUCCUCCCGUACCGCCGCUGCCCAACUUUGACAGCGCAUACAGCCCGCGCCAGACCCAAGUCGCGUUGCCUCCUCCUUCGACGAAGCAGUACGCAACGGCAUCGCCUCGCUCGCGCAGUAUCCCUCGCUCCCUGUCUUCGCGCGCUCUUGGCACCGGCGGCUCGCCGGCAAGGUCAGCAAGCAGCGGCGAUGUGGUCGGCUCGCCGCCUGCACCAGUUGCCCGUCAGAUCUCUACUUCCUCACUCGCCACUUCGCCUCCUUCUGCAACCUCCGAUUGGGAAGCAACCAGCAACAUUGCCACCAUCAGCUCCGACGUCAGCGCUUCAGAGACAUCCCACUCGCACUCGUCGAGUGCAAUCGAAGAAGUUUCGGUCCGCCUGGAUGCGUCACUGGUCACAGGCGAUCGUAAUGCCAAGUUGGAGGAAGCACAGGCGAGGUCGAGGUUGUCGCAGUGGCAUGCUCGUCGCGAGCAGAGCUCGCCAGCGCACAGUUGCAAUUCGACUCCGACGAUUGCCUCGAGCAGCACAUUUGAUAGCGAGGCUGCGUCGUCGCCCCGGAUGAAUGCUGUCUCGUCACCCAGCUUCCAUGCUUCGUCUGCAGGCAGUCACGCCGCUUCCGGUUACGCCGCUUCGCCACGAGCCGACAGCCUGCAUCCCUACGCCGCUACCCCUCCGCGGCGACCAAUCCGCAUCAACCCCGGCAGCACUGCAAGCACCGCACCGCCCGCCAUCUUCUACACUCAGCCCGGGGCAUGCGAGUCCUUCAACUCGCUCGCAUCCCUUGACUCGUACUCGCCCCCGUCCGCAUCUGCCGCUUUGAUGACGACGCAGGAUGACGAUACGUCCAUCAUGCAGUGGGGUACGCAAGCCGAGGCAGCACCUUUGUCCGAAGAGCCAUCCAGCCCGUCGCCAGCACCCUCGUCCACGCUUGCAGCCCUGUCGAGUCCGGUCCAGCCAUCGGAAGCUUUGUUGUCCGGCUCGCCCUCGUCGAGCACUUCGCCUCUGCGGCCACGCAGCAAGACCGUCACCGCCGCCGAUGUCUUGCGAUCGCGCUCAGCCAGAGAUGACGUCCCACCGAUGCCCGAUGUGAUAUCCUCACCGGUGCGCAACUCAUCGCUGCCCAAGACGAACAUUAGGAAACUCGUGCCUGAGACGAGUCAACGUCGAGAUGGACCGCGGAUGGAGCUGUUGGACAUGCUCAAAGGUGCACCCGGAGGUAUAGAUGACGAUGAAGGAUUCUCGACCGUGAAACAGCGAACCGUGAGGCAAGCCACGGCGACGCCGCCGAUCUUGCGCAAGCAAUCCUCGGGGGAUGCAGCUGCGGCACCCUCAUCGCCCUUUGCCGCAGCUGCUCCGGCUGACACGCGCGAUCUGUACAUUGCGGGCAUCCGACUAGAUGAAAUUUCUCGUGGAGUCAAGGACGCCUCUCAUCCGCUCUCUGCCAAGUACGCCGUUCUAUCGUCUGCCAACGGAUGCGAGCUGGACGAGUGGAAGACGGUUGCUGCGUAUCGAAUCCGACCGUACGAACUGCUCGAGUUGCAGUGGAGCAUUCCGACCGAACGCGUCUACAUCCCACCCAUCAGCUUGGGUGAAACUCUGCGUGUCGAUGGUGCAGCCUCGGGCGGUAACAAGGGUAUGUUCGACCGGACGUGGGGAGAUGAGCAAGAUGCUGGACCUGAUACCGAUGCGCCGUGCUUGGAGCCGUACUUUGAAGGCUGGGUGUAUGUUCUCAAAGGCGCGAAUGCAGGGAAAGCGUCGGCCAGAAGAUCGACCAAGAUGGGCAAGUGGAAAGUGCACUGGCUGACGGUGAGGGGGUGGCGGAUGGAUCUGUAUCGCAAGAAGCCAAGGGCGGGGGAAGCAGUGAUGCCAGAGGCUGACCAGGUGUGGUGGUUGCGGUCGGUGGAAUGGGUGAUGGAGGAUGCGGACAAUGCUGUUCCGGGAAACGCAGCUCUGCCUGCGCUGGAUGCGAUGCCGAGAAGCAGCAUCACCGCUGGCUUCUCACCGAAAGCGGGUACAGCGUCGGCAGGGGAAGUGCCAAUGCUUACGAUUAGGUGCAUCACCCACUUUGACCACGAAGCAUUGUCAACGCUGCUGCUGCGAGCCUGGUUCCGAUGCAGUGCAGCAAAGGUGUCGGUCGGAACAGACAAUUGGCGACGCAAGGCGGUGUUCCGUGCAGUGGUGGCGGGACGUGGAGGCACGGCUGCUCCAGGCCGAGCAGGACGAGGUGGACGUGGAGGAAGGAACGCCAAAUCUCGAAUGCGGCUGAGGCCUUCUGGAUGGGCGAAAGAAUGGGAAGACGCGGAUCAGUGGUCGAGCGAUUCUGAACGAGAAGAGGUUGGCGCGCCUGCCGAGUUGGAGCACAUACUGCUGGCACAACAGCAGCAGGAGAGGAGGGAUACGGUGACGCAGGCGAAGGCGGACGAUAGCGCACGACAGAAGGGUAGGCGGGAGCAUGAAGCGGGAGCGAGGGGAAUCGUUCCAAACGGACUAUACGCGGCACUGCUGGGCAGGACGUCGGGAUCAAGCGGGAACGCGGCUUCAUCGAUCAGUGGAGAUGGGGGCGGUGGAGGAGGAGGAGGAUCUCUGGACGCAUCACCGUAUCAUCAGGGAACUGCGAGGCAACGGCACCUAGCGCAAUCUCCAUCGCUGCCACAUAUUGAACCGGGGCUGAUGCUGGGAAGCACGUCUCAGUAUAAGGAUUCGCGACGACACAGCAAAUCGGUGUCACGUUCGCCUCCUCGAUCUCGUUCACCGGAGCCUUGGAUCGCACCCCGGUCGUCAGCAGCUAGGGGACGCAGCACACCGGGAUCGAUGCACUCUUCAGCGAGCAGCCGCAACGUGUCGCGAGAAGCUUCGCCGAUGCCGUCGCGCAAAGGCAGCGCUAGCGGUGGAAGUGUGCACAGCGAUCCGUAUGCCAUGUCUCCUGCGUUGGUGCCUGGAUUCGUGGAUGCGCAACCUCCGCCGUCGGUGAUGCUGCUGAAAAGGUUCAAGGCUAGUCAGGAGCGUGCCAAGGGUGCGAACAGGGACGAUCAUCCUGCGCCUACUUGA